CGAUGGAGCCGGGCGAGCGGAGCCGGCGGGCGGCCGCGGCGUGAGCCCCCCGCGGCGGCGGCGGCAGCAGCAGCGGGGCAAGCGGGGCGCCGCCGCUCCCCCCCGCCCCGGCGCCGCGCCGCGCCGGCCCGCGCCCACCCUGAGGAAUGAGAGCUUUCCAGGCAGACCUCCUCCUCCUCCUCGGCUGCUUCCUCCUCAGCCACGAACUGGGGCUCCCAGGAAGAGGAUGCUGCCUAGUACUGGGGUUCAUGUACAAGGAGAAGUACCGCAGGAUGACUGAAGGUCAAGCCUCUUCCUUCACCCAGCAGCCGCAGGACCAGGUGGUGAUAGCGGGGCAGCCCGUGACGCUGCUGUGUGCCAUCCCUGAGUAUAAUGGCAUCGUGCUGUGGAUUAAAGAUGGGCUCGCCCUCGGAGUCGGACGGGAUCUCUCAAGUUAUCCGCGCUACCUGGUUGUAGGAGACCAUCUCUCUGGAGAGCAUCACUUGAAAAUCUUGAGAGCUGACCUCCAAGAUGACGCCGUCUACGAAUGUCAGGCCAUCCAAGCGGCCAUCCGAUCCAGACCUGCCCGGCUGACGGUUCUCGUUCCUCCAGAUGAUCCAGUCAUUAUGGGGGGACCGAUCAUUAGCCUGCGAGCAGGAGACCCCCUCAACUUGACCUGCCACGCGGACAACGCCAAGCCAGCAGCCUCCAUCAUCUGGAUGCGGAAAGGAGAAGUCAUCAAUGGAGCCACCUACUCCAAGACGCUUCUCCGCGAUGGCAAGAGGGAGAGUAUCAUGAGCACACUUUUCAUCGCCCCUUCUGACAUUGAGAACGGGGAGAGCAUCGUCUGCCGGGCCACCAACAAAGCCAUUCCCAGCGGGAAGGAGACUUCGGUCACCAUUGAUAUCCAGCACCCACCCCUGGUGAACUUGUCCGUGGAGCCGCAGCCGGUCCUAGAGGAUAACGCCGUCAAGUUCCACUGCUCCGCCAAGGCGAACCCUGCCGUGACCCAGUACAGGUGGGCAAAGAAAGGCCAGGUAAUAAAGGAAGCAUCUGGUGACUUCUAUGAAACCAUCGUGGACCACACCUUCUUCUUUGAGCCGGUCUCCUGUGAGGUUACCAACGCGCUGGGCAGCACAAACAUCAGCAGGACUGUGGACGUCUAUUUUGGGCCCCGGAUGGCGACAGAACCGCAGUCCCUCCUCGUUGACCUGGGCUCAGACGCAGUCUUCAACUGUGCCUGGACCGGGAACCCGUCUCUCACCAUUGUCUGGAUGAAGCGAGGCUCAGGCGUGGUCCUGAGCAACGAGAACAAGCUGACGCUGAAGUCCGUCCGCCAGGAAGAUGCUGGGAAAUACGUGUGCCGAGCAGUGGUCCCGCGGGUUGGCGCGGGUGAACGCGAGGUUACGCUGACCGUCAACGGGCCGCCCAUCAUCUCCAGCACGCAGACGCAGCACGCCUUGCAUGGCCAGAAGGGGCAGAUCAAGUGCUUCAUCCGCAGCACCCCUCCGCCGGACCGAAUUGCCUGGUCCUGGAAGGAGAACGUCCUGGAGUCUGGCACCUCCGGGCGCUACACGGUGGAGACGGUCAGCACUGACGAGGGCGUCAUCUCUACGCUGACCAUCAGCAACAUCGUCCGGGCCGAUUUCCAAACCAUUUACAACUGCACUGCCUGGAACAGCUUUGGCUCAGACACAGAGAUCAUCCGGCUCAAAGAGCAAGGUACGGAAAUGAAAUCAGGAGCUGGUAUGCACGCAGAGUCGGUGCCGAUGGCGGUGAUCAUCGGAGUGGCCGUGGGGGCCGGCGUGGCGUUCCUGGUGCUGAUGGCCACCAUCGUUGCCUUCUGCUGCGCCCGCUCCCAGAGAAAUCUGAAAGGUGUGGUGUCCGCCAAGAACGAUAUCCGCGUGGAGAUCGUGCACAAGGAGCCGGCCUCGGGCAGGGAGACGGAGGAGCAUCCCACUAUCAAGCAGCUGAUGAUGGACCGCGGGGAGUUCCAGCAGGACUCGGUGCUGAAGCAGCUGGAGGUGCUCAAGGAGGAGGAGAAGGAGUUUCAAAACCUGAAGGACCCCACCAACGGCUACUACAGCGUGAACACCUUCAAGGAGCACCACUCGACGCCCACCAUCUCGCUGUCGGGCUGCCAGCCGGACCUGCGGCCCGCCAGCAAGCAGCAGGUGCCCACGGGCAUGUCCUUCACCAACAUCUACAGCACGCUGAGCGGGCAGACCCGCCUCUACGACUACAGCCAGCGCUUCGUGCUGGGCAUGGGCAGCAGCUCCAUCGAGCUGUGCGAGCGCGAGUUCCAGCGCGGCUCCCUGAGCGACAGCAGCUCCUUCCUCGACACCCAGUGCGACAGCAGCAUCAGCAGCAGCGGCAAGCAGGACGGCUACGUGCAGUUCGACAAGGCCAGCAAGGCGUCCGCCUCCUCCUCCCACCACUCCCAGUCCUCCUCCCAGAACUCGGACCCCAGCCGGCCCCUGCAGAGGCGGAUGCAGACGCACGUUUGAGCGGCCCCGGGGGGGGGGACGGGGCGGGCGGCAGCGGGACCCUCCGAGGAGCUCGCGGCCGCGCCGGAGAGGCCACAGCCGGUGGGAAGGCCGAGCGCCGGCACACGCUAAGCACAAACCCGGACCCUCGGCGGCGGCCGGACCGAGACGGGAAGGAAAAGCCGAGGGCCGCGCCGGCGGGGGGGGGGAGCCCGACCCCCAGCCGCUCUCGCCGCCCCCCCGCUCGCCCGGCUCUUCCUUUGCGUUUUUUUGGUGUUCAGUGUCCAUAAUCCUACAGUGCGUUUCGGGGAUUCGGCUCGCGCGGGGGGUGGGGGUGGGGAUCGGGGACGCCGGCGGCUCGGGGACGUGACGGUCACUUGGGGGGGGACACCCCCCCGCUUCUCCCCCCCCCCCAAAUAAAAGUGCCCCCGGGGAGGGGGCCGCGCCAGCGCAGCGCCGCCCCCGCUGUGGGUGUAGCGCCCGGCGCCACGAAAUAAAGAGAAAGCUGAAAGCAGA